AUGAGCGGAGAACUCGUUUUCAUCACUGGAGGCAGCGGCCACGUCGGGUUUCGCGUGCUCGUGCGGGCGCUCGAGGCCGGCUACCGCGUGCGGGCCGCGGUGCGGAGCCCCGACAAGGCCCAGCAGAUCCUGGCCACGCCCUCAAUUCAGGCGCUCAACCCCGACGACGACCGGCUGUCGUUCGUGGAGGUGCCGGAUCUGACCGUCGAGGGGGCCUACGACCAGGCGAUUCAAGGCGCGCACUAUGCCAUCCACGUGGCCUCGCCGAUUCCGCAACAAACUCAGCUGAAUAACCUCGAACAGGACACUCCCAAUAGCGCCCGCCUGGUCGAGCACUUCAUUGACCCGGCGGUCCGCGGUACUCUGGGGCUGUUGACCGCCGCGCACAAGGCCGGCACCGUCCGGCGCGUCGUGAUCACCUCGUCUGGCGCGGCGAUCGUGCCGUGGUCGUUCGUGAUUUCUGGUGGCGGCGUCGACAGGGUGUUUGACGCUAACAGUCGUGUUCCGACCCUCCCCGCGGGGUACGAGUACAGCUCGGCCUUCGAGGCCUAUGCAUCGAGUAAAGUGGCGGCCUUGAACGAGGCAGAGCAGUGGCUGGCGACUACUCGGCCGUCCUUCGACGUGGUGCAUCUGUUCCCCGGGUUUGUGAUCGGACGCGAUGAACUGGCGCGCACACCCGCCGAUCUGAUGCGGGGAUCCAACCAGGAGGUUCUGGGUCCGGUAGUCUACGAGGCCCGGGACAGAUGCACCCCCAAUUCUGCCGUUCAUGUGGACGAUGUCGCCGACGCGCACGUCCGCUGCCUCGAUCCCACUGUCCCGGGAAAUCAGGGCUUCAUCCUCUCAUGGGGAGGGGUGCAGGGAACCGAGUGGCAGGACAGUCUGGAGAUCACCGCGCGCAGGUUUCGAGAUGAGGUGGAGUCUGGCCUGCUGCCCAAUAACGGGCAGAUCCAGUCGAUUCCCAUUCCUUUGGAUACGCGCACGACGGAGAAUGUGCUGGGAAUCAAGUUCCGCUCGUUCGAAGAGCAGGUCGUGGAUAUCGUAUCCUAUUAUCUUCAGCUGACGGCUGGCUGA